AUGCCGUUUAAGCUGGAAGGCACGUUCCGGACAGGUUGGCUGUAUGGUAGAUCUUGGUUACAACACUCCACGGAAGGCACGUUCCGGACAGUAGCGUUGUCUGGUGAGACUCGGUCAACUUUCACUGUCACACAAACAUGUGUUAUAUACAACACUCCACGGGAACGGCAACAACACUCCACGGGGACGGCAACAACACUCCACGGGGACGGCAACAACCCUCCGCGGGGACGGCAACAACACUCCACGGGGACGGCAACAACCCUCCGCGGGGACGCAGCAACACUCCACGGGGACGGCAACAACCCUCCGCGGGGCCGGCAACAACACUCCACGGGGACGGAAACAACACUCCACGGGGACGCAGCAACACUCAACGGGGACGGCAACAACACUCCACGGGGGCGGCAACAACUCUCCGCAGGGACGCAGCAACACUCCGCGGGGACGCAGCAACACUCCGCGGGGACGCAGCAACACUCCACGGGGACGGCAACAACACUCCACGGGGGCGGCAACAACACUCCACGGGGGCGGCAACAACACUCCGCGGGGACGGCAACAACACUCCACGGGGACGGCAAAAACACUCCACGGGGACGGCAACAACACUCCACGGGGGCGGCAACAACACUCCACGGGGGCGGCAACAACACUCCGCGGGGACGGCAACAACACUCCACGGGGACGGCAACAACACUCCACGGUUACGGCAACAACACUCCACGGGGACGGCAACAACACUCCGCGGGGCCGGCAACAACACUCCACAGGAACGGCAACAACACUCCACAGGAACGGCAACACGCUCCAUAUAAAAAAUGUAGUUUCAGGAAUCUGUAUCUAAACAUGAUUUCGAAAGUUGAAGAUGGCCAGAAUAUCCACACUGUGCGAGGUCACGUGGAACUUAAUACUGCACACAACCUACUGAAGAUGAUCUGCAAUCUGACCUCUAUUUCGUUGUGAUAGUAAUUCAAACCAUGAAGCUUCAUCAACCAACUCAUCUGAGACAUCUUCAAAGGUUGUCUGGUACACCGAUCAGGGCGACAGAUAGUUCCCUUGAGACGUCACGGUCUCCACAGAAAGAAUAGCUUUUUGACGAAUGACAUGCAUUUAUCAGUGGCAGUAAAGAAUUUAAGUUUGUAGAACUCCGACGUCGAGAGGCUGAUGAGGCCUUCUUUAUUGCCGCUUACAAUGGACGCCCGAUCCAGGAUGCCGUCUUCACUCGCCAUCAGGUAGAGCGCAACGUCGCUCCCAGCGCCUAUUUCCAUCUGUAA